CAUCUCUCGCUCAUCUCUGAUGAAAUGUUGUGGUGAGGCUACUGUAGGGUGGCGACCCUGCGGCCGCGUGGUGACCCGAGCCUGUGGCGACGUGUUGAGGCCUCGGCGAGUGAGCUGCAACCGGCUAGGCCAUUGUGGGGUGGCGACCCCGUGGUGAUGGGGCAAGGCCUCGACGGGUGGCAAGCCCAUGGCAGCGAGCUGCGAGCCCGUGGUGGUGCAGCAGCCAGCUUGCGGAUACACGUCGAGGCCUCGGUGAGCGGGUCACAGCGGCGAGGCCAUGGCGGGGAGGCGGCACAAGCAGCAGCACAGCGAGGCCACGAUGGGGCAGCAAGCCCUACGGCGAUGCGUCGAGGCCUCGACCAGCAGGAGGCAGGCAGCGAGUCCAUUGUGGAGUGGUGAGCCACCAAUUUUUUCCAUGCCAUAAGCAAAAUCAGUGGAAUUCCGGCGAUAGCAUGCAAAAUUGCUUGUAAUAUGAAACAAAUUUGUUUUCUCGGUUUAGUUGAUUUUGCUAUUCAUUUAAAACAAAUAUGCCUUUUCUGAGUUCAUAUUGAUUUUGCUUAUAUACAUAGUCAAAUUUGCCUAUCUACAGAGCCAAUUUUGCCUAUACACAGAGUCAAAUGUGCUGAGAAAAAAAAAUCAAAUUGCUUUUUUAUUUGGUUUGUAGUAAUCCUAAUUUGGUUUUUGAAAUCAACUAUUUACGUUCAAAUGUUAUGUCGAUUUGAUUUGUUCAAUCAAUUUGCUCAUUAUGUAAUCGUGAUUUACUCAAAUGUUUCGAUGUGAUUUGCCCAUAAAUUUUAAACCAAUUUGCUCUUUCUGAGAUCUUAAUUUGCCUUUUUAAACUAUACCUAGAUUUGCUUUUUAGGACCAUUUUAUUUGUCUUUUCUAAAUAUCCUGAUUUUGCUCCUCAAAAUUCCACAGGUUUGCUUUUUGUUUUUUGUUUUCACAAACGAACAAGACGGGCACAGAGUGGUUCGCCCCCACCUUGCUGUGUUCUUCGCUACACCGCUGCCACCGCCGCAUGGCUCUCAGAAUUAAUAAGAAUGCUUUUCAAGUGAUGAUAAAAAUUGCUUAACAAUUCACCUUUUCCGUCUCAUCGUAUCUUCCUAUGAAAGCCAAUGGCAUACACAAUAUAAUUUGCUUUUAAAGUUGUUCUAAUUUGCUCGCUGAAUUAAUUUAAAUGCUUUUCAAGUGAUAAUGAUUUGCUUUUGUCAAUUUAAUUUUUUCGUCUCCCUAAAAUAAAUACUUGUUAUGUCUCAAGUAUGCUUAUUGUGAGGGACUAUGGGAUGCACUGGUCCAUGCAUUUCAACUACGAUGAGCAGAUGAGCUCGCUUCGUGAGAUGGGGUGUUUGCGCUAGCGCUGGCAUGGGUGCGCUCUUGCGUAGGGUGCUUUUCAAGUAGUUUAUUAGAUUAGGAAUGCGUCUAAUUAAGUUAUUUUCCUGAUUAGGUGUGUGAACAGAAUAACCGUAGAAUGCAUGUGCAGGCAUUAGUCGUGUCCUUUAGUGAAUUGUACAUAUAUUUCUCACGUCUAGCACAUAUCCCAUAUCCAAAUGCCAAACAUAAGAAUAGUAUAAGCUGAUUAUUUCCUAAACCGUAACCCACGUCUCAUAUCCAAUAUUCACAUCGCGUUCCCAUUCCAAAGCUUCAUCCAAACGCCACCUUCUAGCUUGGCUAGUGCUGUUGGGAAACACACCCGACCAAAGAUUGCUAGUAAGAUAACUUCUCCAACAGCUGCCCAGCCCACCCACACUUCACCACUGCACCGCCCCACUCGCCAGUCGCCACUCGCGCACAACGCGUCGCCAUGGCGGCGCUCCACCACAUUGUCCUCCUGCUCCUCGCCGCUACCACCGCCAACGCGCUCUCUCCGGACGGGCAGGCGCUGCUGGCCUUCAAGUCCGCCGUCCUACAAGAUCCCACUGGCGCGCUGGCGAACUGGAACGCCACCGCGCCGGACCCCUGCGCGUGGAACGGCGUCGCCUGCUCCGCCGACACCAACUCGACGGGCCGCCGCCGCGUCGUCGCGCUCUCCCUGCCCCGGAAGCGCCUCGUCGCCGCGCUGCCGGCGUCCCCGCUCCCGGCCUCGCUCCGCCACCUCAACCUCCGCAGCAACCGCCUCUUCGGCCCCGUCCCGCCGGCCCUCCUCGCUGGCUCCCCCGCGCUCCGGAGCCUCGUCCUUUACGGCAACGCACUGUACGGCCCGCUCCCCGAGGAGCUGGGGGACCUCGCGUACCUCCAGAUCCUCGACCUCUCCUCCAACGCACUCAACGGCAGUCUCCCCGCGUCGAUCCUGAAAUGCCGGCGGCUCCGCGCGCUCGCGCUCGCCCGGAACAAUCUCACCGGCCCGCUCCCGGAGGGGUUCGGUCGGGACAUGGCGGCGCUGGAGCGGCUCGAUUUGUCUUACAACCACUUCUCCGGUGCCAUCCCGGACGACAUCGGGAGCCUGUCCAGGCUCCCUGGGACGGUCGACCUCUCGCACAACGAGUUCUCGGGGCCCAUUCCGGCGAGCCUCGGGAGUCUGCCGGAGAAGGUGUACAUCGAUCUCACAUACAACAACCUGUCCGGCCCGAUCCCGCGGAACGGGGCGCUGGAGAACCAGGGCCCCAAGGCAUUCGUCGGCAACCCGGGCCUCUGCGGCCCGCCGCUCAAGAACCCGUGCUCGCCGGAUACCGUGCCGUCGUCCGAUUCGUUCGUGCCCAAGGAUGGGGACUCGACCGCGCCCGAGGCGGCUGGUGGUGGCAAAUGGAGGAGAAAGGGGCUGGGGAAGAUAGCCAUUGUGGCCAUUGCGCUGAGUGAUGUGGUGGGAAUUUUGAUCAUUGCGCUGGUGUUCUUCUACUGCUAUUGGAGGGCGAUUUCAUCCAAGGACAAGGGGCAUCGUGCGGCUGCCGGUUCUAAAGGGUCGAGGUGUGGCAAGGAUCGCGGCUGUUUCGGCAAGGAUGAGUCCGAGACUCCAUCCGAGCAUGUGGAGCAUUAUGAUCUUGUGGCGUUGGACCAGCAAGUGAUGUUUGAUCUGGAUGAGCUACUCAAGGCGUCAGCAUUUGUGCUAGGGAAGAGUGGGAUUGGGAUUGUGUACAAGGUGGUCCUUGAGGAUGGGCUCACGAUGGCGGUGAGGCGGCUUGUGGAGGGGGGAUUGCAGAAGUUUAAGGAAUUUCAGACUGAGGUUGAGGCUAUAGGCAAGGUCCGGCAUCCUAACAUUGUUACCUUGAGAGCCUACUACUGGUCUUUUGAUGAGAAGUUGCUGAUAUACAAUUACAUUCCUAAUGGAAGCCUUGCUGCAGCAAUUCAUGGUAAACCUGGGACAAUGACAUUCACGCCAUUGCCAUGGGAUGCCCGUCUGAAGGUCAUGCAAGGAGUCGCCAAGGGGAUGUCUUUCUUGCAUGAAUUCAGCCCCAAAAAGUAUGUUCAUGGGGAUUUGAGGCCAAACAAUGUGCUCCUUGGAACAAACAUGGAGCCAUACAUUUCAGACUUUGGCCUUGGGCGACUUGCAAACAUUGCUGGAGCAUCACCUUUCGCGCAAUCAGAUCGAGUUGGUUUAGAAAAGGUUCCGAGCCAGCAAUCAGAUGCCUCAGUGAGCCCUCUCGUGAGCAAAGGGUCAUGUUAUCAAGCACCAGAAGCUCUGAAGACGCUGAAACCAUCCCAGAAAUGGGAUGUCUACUCCUACGGUGUGGUCUUGCUCGAAAUGAUAACUGGCAGAUCGCCUGCUAUUCUCCUAGAAACCAUGCAGAUGGAUCUGGUUCAAUGGGUCCAAUUCUGCAUCGAGGAGAAGAAACCGUCCGCCGAUGUGCUCGAUCCUUUCCUUGCCUGUGACUCGGAACGAGAGGACGAGAUGAUUGCAGUGCUGAAAGUUGCUCUCGCUUGUGUUCAGGCGAAUCCUGAGCGGCGACCGUCCAUGAGGCAUGUCGCAGAAACCUUGGAGCGCCUCAACGGUUCAAGCUAGAAAAGUGCUAUCUUGGAAUGCUGUGAUUUUGGGUGGAAUAUGACGGUUGUACAGCUCAAGUAUGGGACGAUGCUUAGGAGAACACGAAGCUCCAGUAGUUCAGUAUUUAGUGCCCACAUGGGCUCUUAGCAAGUUAGGUGCUAGCUCAUAUAAUUAGUUUGCUAUCGUGGGAUGUGUCUUUCUUGUGCUUGCUUAAUGGUGACAUUAUGGGAAUGAGUUAGUUUAACUACCUGUAUGCGUGCUCUCUGUUAUGAAUGAACAGCAACUAGUAGUAUUAUGACCCUGAGCAUUUGUUUGAAAAACUGGACCAUGCAUGCCUUUCUGGCUAUAAUUAUUUUGUGGCCUAUUAUCUGGAA